AUAAGCACAGAGGGACUUACCCCCCGACUAUUUCCAAUUAGUGCAGUUGUGAGUGAUUUUUUGAUUACGAACCCGCGUUCUACAAAACCCUCAGUACAAAACUUCUUGGAAGUGCUAACUAUGUCUAAAUAUAUGGCUGCAAAAUACGUUCGCAAUUUCCGGAAACGCGCGAAAGAACGGCAGGCUCCCGUUUCUCCGAAACGACCCAAGACCGCUGCAGAGAGAUCUCGGACUUAUCGGGAAAAAAAGAAAGCAGCCAGCGUUAACGCGUCACCGUCUAUUGGUUGGGACGCUGGAGAAGGUCCUUCAGCUGAAGGUUUGGCCUGCAAAAACCGCUGGGCCAACAUACGGGACCAAAACCUUAAGAAUGUAAACAAGCGCUUAUCCAGUCAAGGAACGAACAUACCGAAAUACAAGUUCAGCGAUGAAUUGAGCUUCCUCACGGAGUACGCCGAUGCCACGGACGAGCAUCAAGAGUCCCAAUUUCCGACAUUGCCGCCAACCUUUCCUCCAAUGACAUAUCCGGCUGAAGAAAGUCUGAACCUGAAGGAAGAACCGGCUCAAAAUUUGAACCACGACGAUGUUUUCGAUGAGUGCAUCAUUAAAGACGAACCCAUAGAACCGGAACUCAUUGCGUCCAGUUCCGCAACGACGGAUCACUUUGAAGCUCCAACAGACACAUAUGCCGACGUCAUUGGGUCUCCAAAGAACGGGAUCAUCACGAGAGUUAAUAGACCUGACUGGAAACGGCUUUCAACAGAACCUGCUACCACCGAAGUAAGCUCGUCUCGAAUGAUGGAAAUCUUGCUGCAAGAACUGGAAGUGGCCCGACACCCGGACCCGGUUGAUGCAUUCCUAAUUGGACUAGCCCCGGCACUGAAGAACCUGCACCCCCAUUACUGGCUUCAGGCAAAGUCGGAGAUAUUUUCAAUCGUUCAGAAGUACGAACUGCAGAUGCUAACCGAACUGCCGCCGAUGUGAAUGUAUGCGAUGUUGUAUUUUAGUUUCUAGUCUAGCCAGUUCUUUUCGAAUAAAUUCUAAGCCUGGUUCGAGUAAACGUCCGUUUUGAUUUAAAAUUGAACCACAUCUUCUUUUGCUGGUCCGACGUCC